UGUGGAGGUUGCCCUCAGACGUCUCAGAAGAACCAUGGCCAUGUCCAGCCGCUCCUGCUCCAGCGCUCCCCGACUCGUCCUGCUGGCACUGCUGGGCCUAUGUGUGGCUCUCGCACAGACAGAAACAGUUGCUGAUCCUAAUCCCACACUACAAAGUGAGAACCAGGACACAUUGUCUGGUGGAGGAGCCUUAGAUGUCACCACGAAGGACCCCUUUCAGGAGCUGACGGAAAACGCCUUCACCUUUGACUAUGAGGACAUGACACACCCAACAGUUGUGGAUGAGGAUGAAGGUGUUUUAGGGCCGGGUGCCAUCACCGCCAUCGUCAUCGCUGUGUUUUUGGGGGCGUCUGUGCUGUUGGCACUCAUCGUCAUCACACUCAGGAAGUUCACUGCCUCCUAGACAGAGAUCCCCAUGCUCUCAGCUCUCUCCAUCUCCCUCCCCCUCAUACAAGUGACAUGGCCGCCUGGAGUUUGGAUGUCACUGAAAGUGGCCCCCACAGAUUACAAAGCAUUACAAAAACAUGUCAACUCGCUAUAUAGUUUUGCAAUUAUAGCAAAUAUAUAAUCCCUUGUUGAUAAGAGGUCCUUCUAAAAUGUGAGGCUGGCAGGUUGUUCCAGUACCAAGUCAUAUAGUGUUCAAAUAGAUGUGAUAGUGAGGCUUUAUGAAGAGUUUUAAUGUUUACUUUAUCUUUGAAAUUGAUAGUGUGUGAGCAAAGUUUUUGUCUAUUUAGUAUGUCUUUUAUCUCAUUUUAGAGUUUUUAACCAUUAUUUUUUUUUUUUACAGACACUUACCAUGUUUUUUGCAAAUGUACCAGUUUGUAUUUCUCUACCCCCCUCUCUCUCUUCCUCUCUGUUCUUUUUGAAUGGGUAUGCAUGUGUAUUUAUGUUAUUAGAUAAAUCACAAAAGUUAAAUUUAGUCUACAACUCCGUCAACUAAAUCUUAAUAGAAGGAAAUUGAGUACAACAAAAAUCUCUUGCAGUUCCUCACAUAAAUGUGUUUUUAUCAAUAUACCUUAGUAAACACAAUGUUGUUGUUUUUUAGGACAGUAUUUGAGUGACAUUUCAGAUUAGAGAGUCUAAAAUACAGGGAAGUGUUGAUAUGCAAUGCACUAAAAUUAUGUAAGGUUUUAAUCCAAGACUGGACCUCAUUAUUUGUAUUUGGAGGCAUUUGUCUGUUUUUGUAGUUAAUCGUAAUGCUUGUUGGUGUUUGGGAGUAGUCAUUUCAGUGAUAUAGUUUUAAGACCACAUUUAAAUGAGGUUUUAAUAUCAUGCAUCCUUUUGCUAGUAUUUUGUUUGUUUUGUGAACACCAUCUAAUUCAUCAUGACCUCUGUUUUCAUAAACAAAAGUAUUUUGUGUGUGUGUGUACAUAGACCGUGGAGUGCAGACAUAUGUAAGCUAUCAAGCCUCAAUUAAAAUGUAUUCAUCACAAUGAAUAACUCUGUGACAAACACUGAGGUUGCUCUUAGUGAUUAAAUAGUGCCCCCUAGUGUAAGUAUAACAAACACUAUUGACUAUGAAUAAAUUGUUUUUAUGCCUUGUUUGCUGUAAAUAAAUAAUAAAAUACAUCCACUAUUAC